CAAAAGUCUCAGGUAGUGUUUUUCUUGCUCAUCUCAUUAUACAACAAUGAUAGUUUUAUCAAACAACAAGAAGAUGGAAUCCCCUGUUAGAGUCAUCGUGUUCUCAUUGUUCUUUAUGCUGUCUAUAUUCCCCUUCUCCAUUGCAGUGAGGAGUUUUGGAAAUUCUUAUCUACAUCACCAUUCCAGUGAGUCUUUGUUUUCAAGUGACAGUUCUUAUGAGGUGAAGUACUUCACACAAAUCCUUGAUCAUUUCAACUUCCAUCCGAAAAGCUAUGAUACAUUCCAGCAGAGAUAUCUUGUUAAUGAUACUCAUUGGGGUGGUGCCAAGGAGGCAGCGCCAAUCUUUGUUUAUACUGGAAAUGAGGGUAAUAUCACUUGGUUUGCACAAAAUACAGGUUUUAUGUUUGACAUUGCACCACAUUUCCAUGCCCUCCUUGUCUUCAUCGAGCAUAGGUAUUAUGGGGAUUCCAUUCCCUUUGGUGAUACAGAGGUUGCAUAUAGCAAUGCCACUACUCUUGGGUAUUUGAGCUCGACACAGGCCCUUGCUGACUACGCAACCUUAAUAAUUGAUCUAAAGAAAAAUUUGACUGCUGAACAAUCGCCGGUUAUUGUUUUUGGAGGUUCUUAUGGAGGAAUGUUGGCUGCAUGGUUUAGGCUGAAGUAUCCUCAUGUGGCUAUCGGAGCCUUGGCAUCUUCAUCUCCAAUUCUCCAGUUUGAUGACAUUAUUUCUCCGUAUGCCUUCAAUGAUGUUAUCACAAAAGACUACAAGAGUGAGAGUGAAAGCUGUUACAGAACAAUAAAAGGUUCAUGGAAGGAGAUUGAUGAGGCCUUCACUCGAACGGGUGGACUUGAGGAGCUUGAGAAAUCAUUUCAUAUAUGCAAAGACCAAGUACAAAAUGAAUGGUUAAGGUCAUGGAUUCAGACUGCAAUUGUAUAUGCGGCAAUGACAGACUAUCCUACAGAAUCAAACUUCUUGCAACCUCUCCCAGCUUAUCCAGUGAGACAGAUGUGCAAGGCCAUAGAUGAUCCUAAAGCAGGCAACAACACAUUUGCAAAACUUUACGGUGCUAUGAACAUCUAUUAUAAUUACAGUGGAACAAAACCAUGCUUAAAUCUCAGUGAUUCUAUUUUUCAUGGAAUGGAUGGAUGGUAUUGGCAGUCUUGCACUGAAAUGAUUUUGCCAACUCAAGGAAACAAUGAGAACAGCAUAUUUCCGGCCUCUACCUACAAUUACACAAGCAUAGCUUCAGAAUGCAAAGUUGAGAAUGGUGUUCCCCCGAGGCCACAUUGGAUCACAACAGAGUUUGGUGGUCAUGAUAUCAAAAGGGUAUUGAAGCGAUUCGGUAGCAAUAUCAUCUUCUUCAAUGGCUUAAGGGAUCCAUGGAGUGCUGGAGGUGUAUUGGAGUCUAUUUCGGAGAGCAUUGUAGCCAUAGUCUCAGCUCAAGGGGCUCACCACGUCGAUCUCCGAUUCGCAAACAAUGAUGAUCCUAAAUGGCUUAAAGAUGUCCGGGAAAAAGAAAUUCAGAUAAUGAACAAGUGGCUUCAAGAGUAUUACACAGUAACUAAUUAGAGUUGCUCUAAUCUUCUUCUUUUCUUAUCAAAUUUUCAUGUUGUCUUAAAUAAACUUAUUUAAAUAAAAAAAGAGAACAAUGUCUGAAACAUAAACAUUGCAUUAAAAUGAGCAAAACAGAAUAGAAAUGCAAGUUCUGAAGUUUCUAUACAGAGUAGUUAUAUGCUACAGUAGAUAAUAAGGCUACACAAUCUUAGUACAAAUUCAGAAAUAUUCUUCAGAUCUUCCCUUGAAUCCAAUCUGGCCAAAUGUGAGG